AAAGAAAAAUAAUAGUAGAUUGAAUGCUUAUAGUCAAGAAAAAGAAACUAGUAUCAUCACUACAAAUAACUACUGUUUAAUACUUUUUACUUUCUCUAGAAAUUUCAAGGCCAGAUUUUACAAAGAAUAGAGAAGAAGACUAAUAUGAUGCUUGGCUUGGCUUUCUUUUUUCUUUUUUCUUUUUUUUUUCUUUUUAUGGUUUAAAACAUAAAGUUAGAAGUUAGAAGUUGGAAAAAAGUUAAAAAACAAAAAAAAAAAGAUUUAAUUGAGAUGAAGACUAAUAUCCUUGAAGUUAGUCCAAUGUCACAUUGUCUCAACUUUCUCGAGCCUAAGCAAAAAUAAUAGCUAGCUCUUCCAAAAAUUUUUGCUCUGCUUUAAUCAAUGGCUGCAGCAAGAUUUAAUCUCACCCUUGUUGCAGGUAGGAUCAUCAAAUUGCUGGGUUCUGAAGAAACAAUAAUGAAACAUAUUGGAUCCCUCUCGGGUGCACACCAGGAAAUCCUGAUGAAACUAAAGGAGACCAUUCAAGAUCGUGCUCUUGUGCUUCUUGAUGCAGAUAAGAAGAGUUGGCAUGACAAUUAUGUCAGUGAUUGGAUGAUGGAGCUUGAAGAAGCACUCUGUGAUGCGGAGAACUUGGUGGAUGAGUUGUCUACCGAAGCUUUGAGGCGGAGUUUGAUGAAGACUACUGGAAAUCAAAUGGCCAAUCAGGUACGUAAUUAUUUCAUGUCAUCAUUGGCUCCAAAUAUGUCUAAGGACAUACAAAAAAUUAGGAGGAGACUAGAAGAAAUUGCAGUUGAGGGAAGAGAUUUUCAUCUGGAGGAGCUUAGUGAGAAACAAGUCAUCAUGAAGCCUGAAAAACACUCUGUUGAUGUAGUCAAAGAAGAGGUUCUUUUUAGAGACUACAAACAGGAAAUCUUAGAAACUUUGUUGAAUCCGAACAGGUCUAAGAAGAGUAUUGAUGUUCUUCCCAUAGUUGGCAUCGGAGGAAUUGGAAAAACCGCGCUUGCCAAACAAGUGUUCAAUGAUGAGAUGGUACGAGUUCAUUUCAAGUUACGAAUUUGGGUAACUGUUGGUGAAAUCUUUGAUGUCAGACAAAUUUUGACGGCUAUACUUGUACGAGCAACUAAUCAAACGGUAGAGAAUCUUGACUAUGAAGUGGUGCAGAGCCUCGUUACAAAUGCAUUGAAAGGAAAGUUGUACCUUGUUGUAUUAAAUGAGUUGUGGAAUGAAGACUAUCAGAAAUGGUAUGAGCUAAGACAAUUUUUACAUGUGGGUGCGAAUGGAAGCAAGAUAAUAGUCAUCACCCGAUCUCAGAUGGUAGCUAAAAUGACAGGUACUGUGGAAGGUUAUAACUUAUUAGGCAAGCAUCAUGAUGAGGAGAAGUCUUGGCUUUUAUUUGAAAAAAUGGCUUUUGGGGAAGAGCCUAAAAGCUCUUACCAGAUAGAAGUUGGAAAGGAGAUUUUAAGUUUCUGCAAUGGACUCCCUAUUCUGGUGAAAAUGGUAGCAGCCAUGUUAAGUACAGAAAGCUCAGAAGUAGAGUGGCAAAUGCUCUACGAAACUGAAUUUCGAACCAUACUAAAGGGUGAUUUUCACGCACUGCGAAUGCUGUGCUAUGAACACCUUCCUUCACCUCUAAAACAUUGUUUCGCUUACUGUAGCUUAUAUCAGAAAGGUCACGAGUAUGAUGUCCAAACACUAAUAAAACUGUGGAUGGCGCAAGGCUUUAUUGAGCCACAGACUCAAGAUCAGUCUCUAGAGGAUGCUGGUUAUGGCUAUGUUUUGGAUUUACUAAGAAGAGGCUUCUUCCUAGAAUCUGAAACAGAUGUGAGGGAGAGGGUGAUCAAAUUUAAAAUGCAUCGUUCAGUGCAUCGACUUGCAAUGCUGGUAGCUGAGAACCAGUGCAGAAUGUUAAAUAACUCAUACUCAGAUCUUGGUGCUAACAUUGGAAGAUAUUUUCAUGUCUCACUUCAGGGCUUGAGUUUACUUGAUGUUCUGCUAAUGCAAGCAAAGAAUAUACGAUCGAUAGUUCUACUACAUAAACAGGAAAGAAUAGAAGGUAAUCAACUUCUUGAUGUUGUUGUUUCUAGAUUCAUAUUUUUACGAUCGCUAGAUAUGCAUGCUUUGGGGAUAAGCAGAGUACCAUCUUCUAUUAAAAAGUUGAAGCUUUUGAAGUACCUUGAUCUUUCUGAAAAUGAGGAUAUAGUAGAGCUGCCUAGUUCAAUCACCCAGCUUGUAAACUUGCAAACUCUGAAACUGUCAUCUUGUUUCGGGCUUAAGAAGUUGCCAAGAGGCUUUGAAAACUUGAUCAAUCUACGGUAUCUUGAGAUAGAUGGAUGCUACAAUCUGACUACUCUUCCCCGAGGCAUCACUCAACUGCCUAAUCUUCAAAUGUUAUCACAGCUUGCUGUAACUGAAGACACCUCUCCAAAUAUUGGACUGAAUAGGUGGAGAAAAGAGGUUCAUAUUAAAAAUUUGGGAUACCAAAAUUUUGAUAUGAAGAAAUAUUUGAAUGUAAUAUCAAAAGUUAAGUCACUGUCGUUGGAAUGGGAAAGUAAUGCACCUCAAUCUGAUGAGAACGAAAAGCCACUAGAGAGUGAUGACUUGUUAUUAGCUCUUGAUGAAUUUACUCUUCAAGGUUUUAGGGGUAAAAAGCUAUUUUCUGCAAGCUGUAGUCCUAGCAAUCUGGUCAAACUUUCACUGAGGAGAUGCGUGAAUUGUCAAAUCCUACCACCACUCGAUCAGUUGACGAGUCUUAAGGUACUGAUAUUGGACGAACUCAUCACACUAAAAUACAUUUUGGACAGUGGUUGUUCAUUAGGCAUAGGCACACCCUUCUUUCCUUCCCUUGAUGAACUCUGGCUCACAGAACUACCUGAGCUACGCAGUUGGUGGAGAAAAGAAGUCGACAUUGAAGAGCUGCCUUCGUUUCCUUGUCUCUCCAAAUUAGUUAUUGAGGAUUGCCCUGCUUUGACAUCCAUGCCACUGUUUCCGACUCUAGAGGAAGGCCUGGCUCUGGACUCAACUUGUUGGAAGCCAUUUCAACUCACCUUAAACCAGAAAACUGUACCCCAAGAACAAGAAGCACCAUCAUCGUCGACAUCUCUUCCUCUCUCCAAGUUAAAGGCUCUGAGGAUCGUAGGCAUCGAGGACUUCCAAGCUGAUGAGAUUGAGUGGCGAAAUCUGAAAAGCUUACAGUUCCUGAGAUUCGACUGUCUGCCAAACCUGGUGAGUCUUCCUGAGAGGCUUCAACAUGUACUCAGCUUGCGAGAACUCCACCUCUGGCGCUGUGGUACUGAGGAAAUUCCGGAAUGGAUAGGCGAACUCCAAAAUCUAGAAAAACUUGUCAUCUCACUAUGCCCCCGUUUGAAAUCGCUGCCAAAAGCAAUUCGUAAGCUUCAGUUUCUAGAGACACUAGAGAUUGAGGAGUGUGACAAUUUGUUAAUGAGGUGCAGAAAGGACAUCGGUGCAGAUUGGAAGAAGAUUCGGUUGAUAAAAAAUCUGCGUUUGGGUAAGAUUUAUGAGAAAUGAUCCAGUCACACCCUUGUUCAUCAGCUACAAAAGUCACUUGUAUGAAUCUGUAGAUGAAAAACCACCUGUGUAUCAAAUAUCAAAAGAGAAAAGGCAAAAAAAUUGUUUAUCAACUUCACUUCUUUGGCUUCCAAUCUUUUCUACUUUGUUUUAAAAUAAUAAAAUAUGUAGUAUUUCCAUAUUCUGUACGAUUACAAUAAAAGCAGGUGUA